AUGAAUAGCUUUGUUAUACCAAUUGCAGUUUGCAUUCUUGCUUUGCUUAUUACACUUCUAGCCUUUAGAAAGGCACCUAAGCAGAAAAAGCGGAUUGUUUUAAUGGGGAGAAAAGGCACGGGAAAGACUCGGCUAUUUUUAGCUCUUACAGAAAAGAACUGUUCUGCCAUAAAGACCAUUCCAUCUAUAGACUCAGUAAAUCACAUGCUUGGAAAUAGCGCAGUUCUUGUGGACACUCCUGGAGCAGACUCAUUUGAAAGGACUGCAGAACACAUGAAUCUAACUAAAGACGAUUUGGUUAUCUAUGCGUUCAAUAGAAAAGAGCAGCAGUCACCACUAAAUCUAGACACCAAGGCACGUAUUUAUAAAAUAUACACGGGAGAGGAUGCAUCCUGUGGCAGCGGCAUUAAAAGCAUUAAACUCAGCCAGCUGCUAGGUAUGGACUCUAACUCACCAGAAAUUCAAGACAUUCUAUCACAGAUACUCUAAUAAAUGCAGAGUAUACUUCUAUUUAGCUGGACAUGUGCAGUAUAUUUAGAUUAUAGUACAAUAUAGGAAUAAAUAACUCAAGGGUUUGGUUUUGUUCUUUCUAGGCAUAAUUGACAGUAAU